AUGCCUUCGACCGCGCCGGCACCCCCGCCUGUGAAGGUGGGUGCAUGGCAUGGUGUGCAUGGCAUGGUGCAUGGCAUGGUGCGUGGCAUGGUGCAUGGCAUGGUGCAUGGCAUGGUGCGUGGCAUGGUGCGUGGCAUGGUGCAUGGCAUGGUGCAUGGCAUGGUGCGUGGCAUGAUGCGUGGCAUGGUGCAUGGCAUGGUGCAUGGCAUGGUGCAUGGCAUGGUGCGUGGCAUGAUGCGUGGCAUGGUGCAUGGCAUGGUGCAUGGCGUGGUGCAUGGCGUGGUGCAUGGCGUGGUGCAUGGCAUGGUGCAUGGCGUGGUGCAUGGCGUGGUGCAUGGCGUGGUGCAUGGCGUGGUGCAUGGCGUGGUGCAUGGCGUGGUGCAUGGUCCUUUGUUGUGGGGUGAUGCCCUUUAUAAGGCGCCCUGCACCGUGCAGAUGGACGGCAAACUAACGAAUCUGACUGAACACCUGCGCAAGGCGUCCUCCUAUACUUCUCCCCCUUCGCUUCUUCCACCCCCCAUACCCCAGGUUCAAUGGUGGCGGGCGCAGGCAGUGCGCUUCCUGCUGCGCUGGCCCUCCACCUACCUCUGCCACGUGUCCAACAGGGAGAGGCACCGAACAUUUGGCGUGAUCGCAGCCAAUCACGUCGCGCAGUUCCUGCAGACCCAGGCAAAAGCCCUCUCCUUCCUCUCUCGCAGCACCUCCGCCGCCGCCGCUGAUGCUGGUUCCGCCGCUAGCAACGGCAAAGUGAAUGCAAGUGACUGGGAAUCACGGACGCGAGAAGCAUUGGAGCGACUGGAAGCUCCUUAUUCCUCCACGUUCUUCCAAUUAGACAGCCCUGCUGCUGCUGCUGCUGCUGCCACAGGGGGCAGCGGGGAUAAAGGCAAGGAUGGCAACAACUUGAUGGGAGUGCAGGAGCCGUACAUGCCGCGGCCUAUAGUGAGUCUGCAUGUAAGGGGUACGGACAAGUAUUCAGAGAUGGGGCUGAGCUCCCUGGACUCGCAUAUCUUCCACAUGAAUCGCCUCCGCUCACGUGCCCCUGACCUCCGGCAUGUUUGGCUCAACACUGAAACGCAGGCCAACAUAGACCGAUCGGCAGAGCACACCUCAUGGACUUUCUUCUACUCGUCAAACGCACGGCAGCAGGACAAGGCGGGUACUCUGCGGCAAUACGAGCACGAUCAAUCCGUGGCGCUGAGCUUAGUGAGUGUGCUGAUCGCCGCGCAGUGCGAUUACUUUGAAGGCAGCCUCGGCUCCAACUGGAGCCGCCUCAUGAACGAGCUCCGCUCCACCAAUGGCCGCCUGACCGCCGGGUUCGUUGCUAACAAUGUCGAGGAGUGGUGA